AUGCAAGCUCUAGGUUCUGGUACUUCGCAGCCACAGAGGAGAGCACCAGGCAGAGGUGUUGGACAGACUGAGGCUAGGCAGCCUUCUCUUGUUUAUACUGCUCGUCGCCGAGAAUACAUAGAUGCUUCAGAUGUCAUUAUCGGUACGUUCUUAAUUUAUGAUGUACCAUAUUUUGCUUUGAUAGACAUAGGUUCCACACAUUCCUAUGUAGCUAGCAUUGUGUUUGGAAAUGUGGGGAUUUCGGUUGAGAGUACUUCUAGUGAGGUGACUGUACUGAGUCCACUGAGGCAAUCGGUUUGGGUUAGCAAAUUGUAUAGAGAUGUUUCGCUAGAGGUUCAAGGGUCGGUAUUUCUAGCUAAUCUAAUGGAGCUUCUGUUUGGGGAGUUCGACUUGAUUCUGGGUACGGACUGGUUGGUCAAGCACCGUAUCAGUCUGAAUUGUGCGACUAAGAAGAUUGUCUUCAGAACUGAGGAGGAUAAUGAGGUAGUCAUGAUUGAAAAAUGUCAGAAUUAUUUGACUAAUGUGAUCUCUGCACUGGUGGCUGAGAAACUAGUUCGUAAGGGAUGUAAGGCGUUCUUGGAAAUUAACAUUUUGCACUAA